CGAAAUUCGUGGGACAUAACGGCAAGGAGCUUGACUGGAUGAGCUCUUGAUAAAUUGUGUCCAUAAUUUACAAGGGAUAAAAUGAGUCAGUAAGACGCUGGCUAAGUAAGUUUCGUUCACAAGACAAAGCAAAUUCAUCAAAGAAGAAGGAAAGUGUGACAAAUGGUAAAGAUGCUUCUAAAUGUCCCUAUUAUUGAGGAAGCUCCUUCUAAUGCUACUAAACAGAAGGUAGCUGCGCUAAACAAUACGAUUGAAAAUCAUUACAAGGAACAAAUGAAGAACCUGCAUGAAAGGAGGGAGCGACGUAACAUGCUUGAGAGGAAAUUGGCUGAUGCUGAGGUCUCUGAGGAAGAGAAAAGUAACAUUUUGAAGUAUCUGGAAAAGGAAACAGAAUAUAUGCACCUUCAGAGGCAUAAAAUGUGUGCUGACGAUUUCGAACCAUUGACAAUGAUAGGAAAGGGUGCCUUUGGAGAGGUUAGAAUAUGUAGAGAAAAGAAAACAAGCCAUGUAUAUGCUAUGAAAAAACUCAAGAAGUCUGAAAUGCUUCGAAGAGGACAGGUGGAGCAUGUAAAAGCUGAAAGGAAUCUCUUGGCUGAGGUUGAUAGCAAUUGUAUUGUCAAACUCUAUUGUUCCUUCCAAGAUGAUGAGUACCUUUAUCUCAUCAUGGAGUAUCUACCUGGUGGAGAUAUGAUGACAUUGCUGAUGCGGAAGGAUACAUUAACAGAAGAGGAAGCAAGAUUUUAUGUUGCAGAAACUGUUUUAUCUAUUGAGUCUAUUCAUAAGCACAAUUAUAUCCAUAGAGAUAUAAAGCCUGACAACUUGCUGCUCGAUAAACAUGGUCAUAUGAAAUUGUCAGAUUUUGGGUUAUGUAAACCUCUGGACUGCAGUAAUCUUCAUGAGAAGGAUUUCUCUGCCAGUAAUAAUCCUAGUGGUGCUCUUCAGAGUGAUGGACGGCCUGUUCCUCCCAAACGCACUCAGCAAGAGCAGCUUCAACAUUGGCAAAGGAAUAGGAGAAUGCUUGCCUACUCCACUGUUGGUACACCUGACUACAUUGCUCCAGAAGUGUUGCUGAAGAAAGGAUAUGGAAUGGAAUGUGAUUGGUGGUCUCUCGGUGCUAUCAUGUAUGAGAUGCUUGUAGGAUAUCCUCCUUUUUAUUCAGAUGAACCCAUGUCCACUUGUAGGAAGAUAGUAAACUGGAGAGUUCACUUAAAGUUCCCAGAAGAGGCCAAAUUGUCCCCAGAAGCAAAGGAUCUUAUAUGCAAGCUUUUAUGCAAUGUAGAGCAUAGACUUGGAACAAAAGGUGCAGAUGAAAUAAAGGCUCACAAAUGGUUUGAAGGUGUUGAGUGGGACACGAUAUAUCAAAUGAAAGCUGCAUUUACCCCUGAAGUCAAUGGAGAACUGGAUACACAGAACUUUGAGAAAUUUGAAGAGACAGACAACAAUGUUCAAACUGCACCAAAAUCAGGGCCAUGGAGAAAGAUGCUUUCAUCCAAGGAUAUCAACUUUGCGGGUUACACAUACAAGAAUUUUGAAAUUGUCAAUGACCAUGAAGUGUCUGGAAUUGCUGAAUUGAAGAAGAAGAACACUAAACCAAAAAGACCCACAGUGAAGUCCCUUUUUGAUGACGAGUCUCAAACAGGCGCUGUCAAACAGCAGCCCACUCAAGGAAGCUUCCUCAAGCUGUUACCUCCACAGCUCGAGAUUCCAAAGCAAAGUGAGUGAUCGAGCAGGAGCCUUGUGACAUUUAGUACAGCCAAUUAUCUUCCCCCCUUGCAAUGGCAUAAAAUGAUGCCAGAAUUUAGUGUUUUUUUUUAACUAUUUGGUGUUGUGCUUUGUUAGAUGAUGAUUAGGGGAAGUAAUCAUAUAUAUUACAAAGAUGGUGUUUUUUAGGAUGGAAUUAACAUUUGUUUUUUCGCUUGGUGUAAGUAUUUCUUUUCAAGUAAUUUAAAUUCUUUUUUCUUUUUAGUCGCGGCCUGCCAAUGUGUAUUCGUGUUCUAAACUGGUUUUCCUUGUAAUUGCAUUGUUGGGAUUGGCUAAUGAUAGCAUUGAUUUUUCUGUGUG